CCUUAAACAGAAAACAAACAAUAAAAAGGUUGUAGAUAACCACCUGUAGACUGUAAACGGCGUGAUCAAAUCCAGAUACCUCUGGAUUCUAAUCUUGACUUGGUGUAGGUUACUAUCAAACUCCUGCUUGAAUUUGUUCGUCGUAGUGUCUUCCUCGACGUUCAUGGAUGCAAGUUACAAACCAAGAAAAAAGUCGAUAAAGAGACUUAACUACAAUUUACUAUCGCUUUUGGCAUUUUAUUUCUUUAGGGAUUAUCUAGAUUUCAUCCAAAUAGACUAUAUUAGAUUGAUAUUUAAGUGGCUUCCUCUACUAUUUAUAUUCAAUUCUAUACAAUCCCUCAUCGUGCUAUUCUCCAAGGAUAGCAAACCAACACCUCAACAAACGAGAAACCAAAUAUUUGAAACCUCUACGCCAAAAUCGCGUAAAAAGACACGUGUAGAUAGUGUUGAUAUUCCUUUAUCCGAAAAUUUUACUUCUUCUACACCUACAAAACAAAUUUCCACCCCAAAGCAACAAUCACCAAAAAUUUCAACCAACACACCACAGUACGCUUAUCUGCAAAAGUACCCGAAUGUACAAAUAUAA